AAUUUUCUAUUUUAGUGUAAGACUCUCCGUUUUUUCUUCUCUGAAAAUCUAAUAACAAUAACAAGGAGGGUCUCUCUCAGCCAAGGCUGAUCUAGGGUUUGUUUUGAAUUUUUUAAAAAUUAAAAAACAAUAAUAACAACAUCAACAACACCAACAACAACAGAGAGAAAAGGUUAUGGCGUCGAAGCGGAUCUUGAAGGAGCUGAAGGAUCUCCAGAAAGAUCCUCCUACCUCUUGCAGCGCUGGCCCUGUUGCUGAAGACAUGUUCCAUUGGCAAGCAACAAUUAUGGGUCCUCCUGAUAGUCCAUACGCUGGGGGAGUGUUUCUAGUCACAAUUCAUUUUCCUCCAGACUAUCCAUUUAAGCCACCUAAGGUUGCAUUCAGGACAAAGGUCUUUCAUCCUAAUAUCAACAGCAAUGGUAGCAUUUGCCUUGAUAUAUUAAAGGAGCAAUGGAGCCCUGCCCUCACCAUAUCCAAGGUGUUGCUUUCGAUUUGCUCACUGUUAACUGACCCAAAUCCUGAUGACCCGUUGGUGCCGGAGAUUGCCCAUAUGUACAAGACUGACCGGAGCAAGUAUGAGACAACUGCUAGGAGCUGGACCCAGAAGUACGCGAUGGGCUAGUUUGGUGCUGGUGUGUGUAAUGGGAGGGCUUCUUUCCCUAAAGGCUUUGGUCUUUAAACUAUUAUGAUGUAUGAAUGAAGAAGUUUGACAUGUCUCCCUCUUGUACGUGGGACCAUAAGAAAGAGUUGUGAAUUCAGUCCUCCUAAAAACACAUUUACUGCUUUUAAUUGUUUGUAUGGAAAUUAUCUUUCAUACUUGAAUGUAUGCUAUUCUCAAAA